GACGAGCUCGACAUGGAGGAUGAGGAAGGCUACACCGCUUUAAAUUUGCGACCCUCAGCUUCAGCUGUUACUCCUGGAUAUUCCAACAGAAACAAACGCUCUGCAUUUAAGGCUCCAGCCCCUUGUGAUACAGUAGACAGAACUUCUGCCUCAUCUUCCAUAUGGCGACCAGUGGCCUUUGCUUUCCUCGCUUUGUGCCUGGUGCUGCUGAUGGGGCUGGUAGCCCUGCUGGCCCUCUUUUUUCAGGUUUCCAGGGAUCCCGAGGAAAGAAAGAAACUGCAGGAAAUGAGAGAAGCAUUGUGUUUUGAAGGGAAGGAGAAAAACGAAACAAAAUGUGUUCUGUGCCCAGCAAGCUGGCAAAGCAGUGGAGCUGACAACUGCUUCUACAUUUCAAAGCAGAAGAAAACAUGGAAGCAAAGCCAGGAGUUCUGCUCCUCAAGAAACUCCACUCUUCUUGUGCUAAAAGACAAAGCAAAGAUGGUUUCUCUGCCGCACGAUUCACAGUUUUACUGGGUUGGAUUAUCCUACAUAUCUGAAAGAGGUGGCUGGUACUGGGAGGAUGGAACAGCUUUUUCAAGAGAAACAACAAACUGGGUUGUGUUAUAUGACAACAUCUUCUGUGCCUCCUUCUAUGGAUGGAUUAUUUAUGCUACACAGCCCUGUUCAAGUAAGCAAUUCUGGAUCUGUGAGAAAGUGGCCGUUCAUUUCACCUGAAGAAGCAUUGCAAGAAGGGAUGUGGGAUCUGCCAGUGUGAGAUACCAACUUUAGGAACUGGAAGUUUUAAAUAUAUUUUUAUUUUUGUUUGUUUACCAAGCAGUUUUCUCAGAAUGGUGAUUCAAAUGACAGAUCAUUAGAGACUAAAUAUUUCUCUCUGCCUGCAUUUUCUCUCCCAGGCUCACAAAUGAGAGAGAU